AUGGCAGCCGAAACUCCCAAAGUCACUCUAUACUGGCUCGACAAAUCCAGAGCUCAGCGCUUCAUCUGGCUCCUCGAGGAAUGCAAUGUCGACUACAACAUCCAAGUCUUCAAGCGCACUCCCGAAAUGCUCGCCCCUCCCGAGCUGAAGAAAGUGCAUCCAUUGGGCAAGUCUCCUGUCGUCGGUAUUGCCGCGCCUGGUAGAACUGACCCUCUGAUCCUUGCCGAGUCUGGCUUCAUCACCGAGUACUUGACCGAGCACUUUGCUCCUCACCUCGCACCCAAGAGAUACGAGGACGGCAAGGAGGGCCCCGGGCUUGAGACCGAAGAGUAUUUGCUCCUCAAAGGCGACAAAAUCCCCUUCUUCCUCCGCCCCAUUACCGGCACCAUCGUCGGCAGAGUAGACGCCAUGUACUUCAAACCAAACUUCAAAACCCACUUUGACUNNUUUUUGGAAUCGCAACUCGCCACUGCACCCAACGGAGGAGGUUUCCUCUGCGGCAAAGACCUCACUGCCGCUGACAUUUUGAUGUCGUUCCCUCUGCAGGCUGGCCAGAAGAGACUGAAGAUUAUCAAUGCGACUGACUACCCAAAGCUGGAUGCUUAUGUCAACAAGCUCGAUAACAUGGAAGGAUACAAGAGGUCGAUUGAGAGGAUUGAAAAGGAGACUGGUGAGUCUUUUGCUGUUAUGAUGGGUGCUGAGUAA